AUGGAUGCGCAUGAAAGACGUGGCCACCGGCGGCCGCUCAAUUGCCUCGUCGACUGUCGGAGGCGGCUUGACCCGCCACUCCCGGACGGGUACUACGGCAACGCCGUCGUCUGGCCGGCCACCGUCUCCGUCGCAACGGAUUUGCUCGGGAAUCCGCUCAAACACGCGGUGGAGCUCGUGAGGAGGGCGAAAUCGGAAGCGAGCGGGGAGUACGUGAGGUCUACGAUUGGACGGCGAAAAUUUCCGGUGACGAGGACUUACGAGGUCUCGGAAUUUACGCGGAUGGGGUUCGACAGAGUGGACUACGGCAUAGAGGGGUCUCCACCGACGAGUUAUUACAGCGUGUCACGGGACAGUAAGGGCGAAAUAAUGGGAAUAUUGGUUCCUAUGUGUUUGCCUGAGAAGGCCAUGGAAGUGUUUGAAGAGGAGCUCAGGGUGAUGCUGAAAGGAGAUGCUAAUCUGAGCUGUGAAGAGUUGGGCGAUGGAAAGAGUGAGAUUUUUAUCAAAUCUGAGCUGUGA